CAAAAAAGUGGACCAAGAGUCCAAUAGUGGUGAAUCAACAAUGUGAUCAUGCAUGGAGAAACAUACAUGGAUAAGGAAGUCCUUCUCUGUUGGUGGAGAAAGAACCAGCUGCCAUGGCCACUUUGGGAGGACAAUAAUUCAGUAAUGGAGAAACAUACAUGUAUCAGGAAGGAAGUUCUUCUCUGUUGGUGAAGAAAGGACCAGCUGUUUUGGCCAUUUUGGGAGGACAAGUAUUCAGUAGCUGCAGCAAUACCCACACGAAAAGACAUGUUAAGCUUGGCCAAUUCAGAGCCCAACGCAUGCUCAGCACCAGUCUUCUCUCUCUCUGAUGAUCAGUCAACUCACACAGUACCGCACUGCAUCACUGCAAUUAAUACAUACUGGUUUCAUCUCUUCUUUAGUACAAACCCAGACGAGACGAACCUACUCUCUUCUCUCUUCUACGCAGCUUCUCAUCCAUGGAUUUUGGUUUUUAUAGACUAAAGCUUGAACAGAGAUCGAGCUCUUUGACGAUGGGAGAACGGAUCUGUGCCCCUUUCCAACAAGAACUAUCGUUACCAUUAUGAAGAUCUCGCUCGCCUCGCCGACGAGACCCGAUGUAUUUCGUCUUUACCGAAAAUCCUCUUUUAUUUUCUGUUUCAUUGCGUUUGAGUCUCUCAAUCUCAAAUCCCUAAUUUUGACUGUAAUGGGUGUUUGAUUUUUGGGGCUUUUUCCAAAAUGGAAAUGAUGCUCCUUUUAUUUCCUUUGUGUAAUAAAGCCUGUCAAUCAAAAAAGGGGUCAGUUCAUUUAUUCAAAAGAGAGAAAUCAAUCUGUCUUCUUCGGGUACACUCUUCUCUCAAAAACCAGAGAAACUUCUAGGGCAAAGAUUCAUAAACUCAGAAAAAGAAACAACCCAGAAAAUGAAAACAGCCCAGAAAAAUUCAAGUGAGAAUAAGAGAAAACAGAAGAGAGGAAAAACCAAACACAGUAGUUAUCGAGGUUCACCCAAAAAUGGCUACUUCCUCGUCGAGCUCGCCUCAGGGGUGCGACUCAGUCAUUAGCACUAUUCACAAGGUUUCUGGUACAACAAUGAGGAUCCAAGCCACACACUUUGACUGGUAACCUCAGAACUCUGAUCUCCUUUACUUUCUCUCUGUUUUUCUUAUUUUUCCACUUCUCUAACUAUCACUCUUUUUCUUUCUUUGCAUGAAACCCUCAUGAGAUCAAACUCUCUUUUCUCUGGAACUUCUUGGAGAUAGCUCACGGAUCUUGGAGAACUUUUACUGAUGGAGCAGGGAGAAAAACCAUAUUGGAGAUUGGCUGUGGAGCUGGAAAUACCAUUUUUCCAUUGGUUGCUACAUACCCAGAUAUUUUUGUAUAUGCAUGUGAUUUUUCACAACGUGCUGUUAACGGCACAUAAAGACUUCAGAGAUUCACAUGUUAGUGCAUUUGUUUGUGAUCUGACUGUUGAUGACCUCAAAGAUCACAUAACUCCGUCUCCUGUUGAUAUUGUAAUCAUGAUUUUUGUGCUGUCUGCAGUGUCUCCAGAGAAGAUGUCUCUAGUGUUACAGAAUGUUCGAAAAGUUCUUAAGCCAGGUGGUUAUGUGCUGUUUCGUGAUUAUACCACUGGUGACCUUGCUCAGGAAAGGUUAAUUAGCAAGGAUCAAAAGAUCAGUGAAAAUUUUUAUGUCAGGGGUGAUGGCACUCGUGCAUUCUAUUUUUCAAAUGAGUUCUUGACAAGCAUGUUCAAAGACAAUGGAUUUGAUGUUGAAGAACUUGGUUUGUGCUGCAAACGAGUUGAGAACCCAUCACGAGAGUUAGUAAUGAACCGGCGCUGGGUUCAAGCAGUAUUCCGCAUUUCAGAUGGUACAGACAGGUCUGCCAAUACUGAAGUUGCAGUCCGUCCAAUGAUAAUGAGGAGGACAGGGAUGAAAGAUAACGAGUACACGUACAAAUUCAUUAACCCCAUUUCUCUUUUCAUCAAAAUCCUACAAAGACAGCAUGGGAAAAGAAAUCCUAAUCUUUGGCCGUGAUGGAAUUAUUGUCAUUCGUUCUGAACCAAGAUCUUUCUAUCCCAAAAAACCAAUUUUUCUUUAAAAAAUUAUACACUAUUUGAAGAAGUUGGAAGAAUCAUCACCUGAUGACAAAGGAUAAAGAAAUUGCUUCAAGAUUAGGAGUAAUAAUAUAUAAAGAAUGAGGUGCAAGCCAGAUUUGAGCGUAUCACAAAAAUUUCAGGGGACAAGUGGAACAAAAGUGAUUUUGUUGGGCUCAAAAUGCACAAAAGGCAGCUCGUUGGGUAUGGUUGAUGUUGAAGCUGGCAGUUGGCAUUUGGAGAAAUGGUAGGUGUGUGAUGCUUUGUGGUGCAGCUGGAGAGGUGGAGUUGAUGGGUUAGCUUGCUUGAAUUGGAGGCAUGGGCUUUCGGAGGAGUUGGGCCCAAAAUCUAGGCCGCACUUGGGUGGCAUGGUCACCUGCUAGAGAUAAGCUGCUGAUUGAUGCUGAAGGAAAAGAAAGCCAGGCGUGAGGUGGCAGGAGCAACUUCAUUGAUGCCGGAGGUGUGAUGUUGCAUCAGGCGUGAGUGGCAUGGGGAAGCUGAUUGGCAUUGUGCAUGGGCCUGGCGAAUUGGGCCUUGGUUGAAUGGAGUAUUGGUGGCAUUGGCCAUUUGCCACUUUUCUUCUUUUCUUUUUUGAAAAUGCCACAAUUUUUCUUUAUUUUUCUUUCUUUUCAAGAGCAUAAAUUCCCUACAAAAUAAAUAUAAAAUAAAUCAUAAUAUAAUAUUUUCAACUAUAAAAUAAAUCAAUUUAACUCUUUGAAAAUAUUAAUUAUAACAUAAUUUAUAUUUUA